AUGAGCGAACAAGCGUUUGCAUCACCUUUGCCGCAUCCGUUUUUUCCGGAACACAUUGAUCCACCAUUAUCAACUAAGAGACAAAAGCAACUUAAAGGGAUACAGAAACGUGUGCCACGGCUUAUCCGAAGUGCUCACUCAAUUAGUCGCUUUUCUGACCGUUACGAACUUCGCGGUCCUCGUUUUAUAAGGUUCACCACGAAGGGUAAGAAUCCCUUUGAUGACGAGAACGCCUUUUAUGAUAAAAAUGACCCGCGUGAAUACUUUGAACAGUGCUUUGAAAAGGAGAGAAAAAUAGGCGAAGGAUCAUUUGGAGAGGUUUUUCGUGUGAAAUCUAAAAAUGAUGGCGCAUAUUAUGCUGUGAAACGGACGAUAGAGCCAUUCAGGAACUCAAGGGAUAGAGAAAUGAAAUUACGCGAAGUGCAGAAACAUGAGCUUUUACCUAAGCACCCAAACUUAGUUGAGUUUAAAUGUGCUUGGGAGGAGAGAGGCCAGCUCUACAUUCAAACUGAACUUUGUGAGUACAGCCUAGCCGACUAUGCUCUACGCGUUCAUAAUAUCCCAGAGGAAGAACUUUGGGGAUACUUUGUUGAUAUGGUUGCCGCAGUUCAUCACCUUCACGAACAGGAUUUGCUACACUUGGACAUCAAGCCUGAAAAUAUAUUUGUCUCUAAAAAUAUGUGCAAGUUGGGCGACUUUGGUUUAGUUUACGAUUUGAAAGGGGUAUAG